AUGGAGUUGGAUCUGGAUUUUCUCGAACGACGUCAGCAUCACCAACAGAAUGCCUCAUCAACAGCCGAUGUCAAAGAAGAAACUUGCUCCCCGGUGGAGACUAGUCCGGAGUACAUGGACCUUAUCAAAAUUAUAUUGUUGGGAGCACCCGCCGUGGGAAAGACCAGCAUAAUACAGCAAUUUGUCCUGAAUCAUUUUCAAGAGGACUAUACUCCAACAGAUAGAAAAUAUACGUAUUAUCCCACAGUUGUUACAAAUGAAAGAUGGUACAAAGUAAAGAUAUCAGAUCUACCAGUUAUACCUUAUUUUCCUGUCAACUCUUUUUACGAAUGGGCUAACUAUAGGUACUAUGGUUUACGUAGCGCCACUGCCUACAUUCUAGUGUUCGACCUCAGCAAUAUAGACACUUUCCAAUACAUUAAAACGAUAAGGGAACAAAUCUGCGAGAGCAGGAACAUGCAAAACGUGCCAGUCCUAGUCGUGGGCAACAAGGAAGACCUGAUCGUCUCCGACGAUGCCCCCAACGCCAGCUCGAAGCCGGCCAUUUCGAGCACUAGCGACGAAAAAAGGAGGGACAUUGUCAACCUAGUUAAAAAACAUUGGAAAUGUGGCUAUAUCGAGUGCAGCGCGAAGUAUAACUGGCGUGUGAUGCACGUGUUCAAGGAGCUGAUGAAUAUGAUCGAGAACGUCUCCAACAGGGAUCAAAGUCCAAUGCUCGAUAAUAUUCAAGAGGCCUUAGAUCGAAACAAAUGCGUUGUUAUUUAGGGGUUGUGUAGUUUUAAAAUUAAAUGUAAGGAUAUUUUAAGGGCAGCGUGGCAAAAGUGGAAAAAGCAAGCUUUUAGAACGAAUAGUUUUUUAGAAGGUAACCGUUAGGAGACGUUUUUAUACAUAAUUUGUUAUAAUAUAAUAUCUGUAGGUAUAAACAUAUGUUACGGGUAAUACGCGAAAUUAGUUAAUUCGCGAAUUAUCCCGUUAAAGGUUGAUUCUCACUAUACCUUCCGUAUCAGCACCCUUCCAUUUCCCUUCCUAUAAAAUAUUAUAUCAUGUCAA